AUGCUCUCUCCCCCCACCACGUCCCUCCCCCAGCAGCAGCAGCGGCGGGAUAUCACAGGAGGAGCAGCAGCGGUGGGGAUAUCUGCGCAGUGUGCGGCGUUGCUCACUGUCUCCGCGUCUGCGUCGGUCACUCCUCCAUUCGUCGCGGCACGCGUCGCCGGCAGUGCUUCAUCAUCCGCGCCCGUGGAGUCAGCGUCUUUUGAGGCGCCACAAAAGUCAUCAUCCGCGCCCGUGGAGUCAGCAGCGAUCGCGAGUCAGGUUGCUUCCGCGGCCACGAGUCAGGUUGCCGAGCCUUUGGCGCGGAAAGGGAAGACUGUGGAAAAGUACGUGGCGAAGUUGAGACCUACUGUGGUCAACGGGAAAGUGGUCGGCUGCAAAGGUGCAUCGGGAAAAAUGGUCAUGAAGGUCGUGAGGUAUUCAGCAACAUCCUUCAAUUUCGUUAUGUCCGUCACCGUCUUGAAGCUGAAACCGAGUGGUGCCGUUCCUGAUAUCUCAAAUUACGGCCCUUCCUGCACUGCGGGUGACUAUGGAAGCGGCAUCAUCCUUCGAGCAGCAGGAGCAGGAGCAGCAGCUGCAGCAGCAGCAGCAGCAGCAGCAGCAGCAGCAGCAGCAGCAGCAGCAGCAGCAGCAGCAGCAGCAGCAGCAGCAGCAGCAGCAGCAGCAGGAGCAGCAGCUGCAGCAGCAGUAGCAGCAGCAGCAGCAGCAGCAGCAGCAGCAGCAGCAGCAGCAGCAGCAGCAGCAGCAGCAGCAGCAGAAGCAGCAGCAGCAGCAGCAGCAGCAGCAGCAGCAGCAGCAGCAGCAGCAGCAGCAGCAGCAGCGGCGGCAGCAGCAGCAGCAGCGGCGGCAGCAGCCGCAGCAGCAGCAGCGUUCGCCGCAGCAGCAGCAGCGUUCGCCGCAGCCUCCACUUUUGCAGCAGCUGUUCCCACCACUCGGCCGCGUCGCCUUCCUUAG